GAGAGAGAGAGAGAGAGAGAGACAGACAGACAGACAGACAGACAGACAGACACACACACAGAUACACACAUGGGUAUUACAGGUGUGUAUUCAGCAUGUAAAGGAUUUCUGGACUGCUUUUGCUUCUCUAGUGUAAGACGUGAUGAUGAUGAUGGUCACCUGCUGUAUAAGAAUGGACAUUUGCUGCAGGACAGAUAUGAGAUUGUGAGUACGUUGGGGGUGGGGACAUUUGGAAAGGUUGUGCAGUGUAUUGACCAUCACAGACAAGGCUCCCGUGUUGCCCUGAAGAUCAUUAAAAAUGUGGAGAAAUACAGAGAAGCAGCUCGACUGGAGAUAAAUGUUCUGGAGAAAAUCAAAGAGAAAGAUCCAGAGAACAAGCAGUUGUGUGUGUCUAUGUACGGGUGGUUUCAGUACGGUGGUCAUGUAUGUAUUAGUUUCGAGUUGUUGUCUCUAAGCACAUUUGAGUUUCUGAAGCAAAAUAGCUUCAUACCGUACACCCUGGAGCAGGUGAGACACAUGGCCUACCAGAUCUGCAGUGCUGUGGAGUUUCUUCAUGCUAACAGGCUAACACACACUGAUCUGAAACCAGAGAAUGUUCUUUUCAUUAAUUCCGACUUCACCAUCUGCUACAACCAUGACAAGCAGUGUGAGGAGCGUGUGUUAAAGAACACUGCAGUGAAGGUCGUGGAUUUUGGCAGUGCAACAUUCGAUCAUGAACAUCACAGCACCAUCGUCUCCACACGACACUACCGUGCUCCUGAGGUCAUCCUGGAGCUUGGGUGGAGUCAGCCAUGUGAUGUCUGGAGUAUCGGCUGCAUCCUUUUGGAGUAUUACCUUGGAUACACAUUCUUUCAGAUCUUGGGCGAAGUCAGCCGUGUGAUGUCUGGAGUAUCGGCUGCAUCCUUUUGGAAUAUUACCUUGGAUACACAUUCUUUCAGGAAGCUUAAAUAUUUCUUUGGAGGUCGUUUGGUGUGGGACAAGAAUACACCAGCAGGAAGACAUGUAACACACACCUGCAAACCACUAUGUCAGUAUUUAUUAAGUAAAUCAGAAGAUCAUUAUCAGCUCUUCAGCCUGUUGGAGAUGAUGCUGGAGUUAGAACCUGAGAGGCGUCUCUCCAUCUCCUCCUCCAUCCAUCACCCAUUCUUCUCCUCCCUUCAUGACUUUGGCCUCUGACCUCUAAAUGAGUUUUUAUUUUUUGCCUGCGCAUAGUUGUGUUUGGUAUUGCAUAAGAGGCAGGACGUGUUGCUAAACACAGUCUGUAAGUGACAAGUGAUCCAGCCAAUCAAAUGACAGGAAAUAUUAAAUGUAGAUUAGUGGAGGUCAACACUCUUCUGGACUGCAGUCUAUUAGUAUGAUUGAUACAACACACAUAUAUGAGAGACGAUAUUAAUGAUAGCACCUUAUAGCACUUUACUUCUAUUACAAUUGAAUUAGAAUUUUCUAUAUAUGGUAGGGUGCCAAUUCUUAUGAAAUCAGCAGUAAAAAUCUUAAGUCACCCAAAGCCAAUUUACAAUUUUCAGGUGAACAAUUGCCAAAAUAGGAGAUCACACAAUUGUUUAUUAAAAUACACUUGAGAACUUGAGUAUGUUGUUUAUGUUUACUAAAACUAAAAUAAACAAAGAGGUAUUAUAGGAAUUGUGUAGGCUGUACUCUGCAGUAUUCAGUAUUAAUCUGUAUACUGCAUAUUCAGUAUUCUGUAGUAAUCUGUAAACUGCAUAUUCAGUACACUUGACAGUUAAAUCAGUAAAAAUAAUAAUACAUGUAAAAAUGAUAAAUGAGCAGAUGUAAAUGUGUUCCCAUUAAAGUGGACAAUGAGUGGUAUAUUUUAUAUACACUGUAUUGUAUUUCUUUUCAGGAAGUAGCCUUUCUACUAAAAUAAAAGGUUACUUGUGUGUCUUUGUGUGUGUAUGUUUAUG